AUGGAGGUGGCCGUGGUGGCCGCAGUGAAGGUCGUGAAGUGGUCCAGUGGAGGUCAUGGAGGUGGUCUUGGUGGUCCUAGUGGAGGUCAUGGAGGUGGUCUUGGUGGUCCUGGUGGAGGUCAUGGAGGUGGUCUUGGUGGUCCUGGUGGAGGUCAUGGAGGUGGUCUUGUUGGUCCUGGUGGAGGUCAUGGAGGUGGUCUUGGUGGUCAUGGUGGAGGUCAUGGAGGUGAUCUUGGUGGUCCUGUAGGUGGAAAUCAAAGUGGUGGUCGUGGUUAG